UGAGAGAAAGCGACUCCGGGGGCAUAGCGGGCCAGUGAGGGCCGCCCCUCUUUUGAAGCGGUUUUCGUCUUUCCGCCGGUGGCCUCCGAGCUCACGCAGGGGCGGGUCCCGGUAGCGCGAGGCGGUGCAGGGCGGGAAGGGGAUUCGUGGCGGCGGAGGAGGCAGGGACAACAGCGACGGCGGCGGCGGCAGGGACAGCAGGAGCAGUGGUGCUGUCAGCGCGGCGGUCGGAGACAUGGGAGACCCGGGGUCGGAGAUAAUAGAAUCUGUCCCUCCAGCUGGUCCUGAGGCAUCUGAGUCAACAACGGAUGAAAAUGAAGACGACAUUCAGUUUGUCAGUGAAGGACCAUCGAGACCUGUUCUUGAAUACAUCGAUCUGGUCUGUGGUGAUGAUGAAAACCCUAGCACCUAUUAUAGUGAUAUUCUGUUUCCUAAAAUGCCAAAACGACAGGGUGAUUUUUUGCAUUUUUUAAAUAUGAAGAAGGUGAAAACAGACACAGAAAAUAAGGAAGUGAGCAAAAAUCAUUGUGGAUUGUCUAAGGCAAAGGAACCACAUUUCAAGUAUAUUGAACAACCAAUCAUUGAAGAAAAGCCAUCACGUUCAUCAAAGAAAGAAAUAGAUAAUCUUGUGCUUCCAGAUUGUUGGAAUGAAAAACAAGCAUUUAUGUUUACAGAACAAUACAAAUGGCUUGAAAUAAAAGAAGGUAAAUUAGGAUGUAAGGAUUGUUCGACAGUUCGGCAUUUGGGAUCGAAAGCAGAAAAGCAUGUCCAUGUGUCCAAGGAAUGGAUUGCAUAUUUAGUAACCCCUAAUGGCAGUAAUAAAAUUACUAGGCAAGCUUCUCUACGAAAAAAAAUUAGGGAACAUGAUGUUUCUAAAGCCCAUGGUAAAAUUCAGGAUUUGUUAAAGGAAUCAACUAAUGAUUCAAUUUCUAAUUUAGUGCAUAAACAAAAUAAUAAAAAUAUUGAUGCUACUGUAAAAGUUUUCAAUACUGUUUACAGUUUAGUAAAACGUAACAGACCUUUAUCUGAUAUUGAGGGGGCAAGAGAAUUACAGGAAAAAAAUGGAGAGGUAAAUUGUUUAAAUACACGUUACAGUGCAACAAGAAUAGCAGAACAUAUUGCAAAAGAAAUGAAGAUGAAGAUAUUUAAGAAUAUUAUAGAAGAGAAUGCCAAAAUCUGUAUCAUAAUUGAUGAGGCAUCUACAGUUUCAAAGAAAAGCACCCUACUGAUUUAUCUCCAGUGCACAAUUCAGUCAGCUCCUGCACCUGUUAUGUUAUUUGUGGCUUUAAAAGAAUUGGUGUCAACUACAGCAGAGUGUAUUGUCAAUACAUUAUUGACUACUUUAAAUGAUUGUGGUUUUACAAAUGAAUAUUUGAAAGCAAAUUUAAUUGCAUUUUGUUCUGAUGGUGCUAAUACAAUCCUGGGAAGAAAGUCUGGAGUAGCUACAAAAUUGUUAGAAAAUUUUCCCGAAAUCAUCAUUUGGAACUGUUUAAAUCAUCGAUUACAAUUGUCACUUGAUGAUUCUAUAUCCGAAAUAAAACAAAUUAAUCAUUUAAAAAUAUUUCUUGAUAAAAUUUAUUCUAUUUAUCAUCAACCUAAUAAAAAUCAAACCAAGCUUCUAGGAACUGUAGCUAAAGAACUUGAAACUGAAAUUAUUAAAAUUGGUCGGGUAAUGGGACCAAGAUGGGCGGCAUGUAGUUUACAAGCUGCUACUGCUGUAUGGCAUGCAUAUCCUAUAUUAUAUAUGCAUUUUUCUCAUUCUUACUCUGGUUUGGCAAAGAGAUUAGCUAACAUUAAUUUCUUACAAGACCUUGCUUUAAUGAUUGACAUUCUUGAAGAAUUUUCAAUACUUUCAACUGCAUUACAGUCAAAAUCAACUAAUAUUCAGAAAGCACAAAAAUUGAUCAAACGUACCAUAAGAGCUUUGGAAAAUUUAAAAAUUGGUACUGGAAAGUAUGAAUCUCAAAUUGAAGAUUUGAUCAAGUCAGAUAAGUUUAAAGAUAUUCCAUUUAAUAAAAACAAUAAAUUUAAUGCUCUUCCUAGGAAUAUAUUACUAGACAAUAUAAUUCAGCACAUGAACCUACGCCUUUUAUCUGACAGAAACCAUGAAAAUAUUUGUAAUUACUUUGAUCUGCUAGAACCUUCUACAUGGCCUUAUGAAGAAAUAACUUCACCAUGGAUAGCUGGUGAAAAAACAUUAUUUCAUUUGUGUAAAAUCUUAAAAUAUGAAGUUGAUUUGAAUGAUUUUCGGGAAUUUGUAAAUAAUAAUAUAAAAUCAAACAGUGUUUCAAUUCCUACAACUAUAUACAAAGCUAAAAUGAUAGUUAACACCAUUGCAAUCAAUAGUGCUGAAGCUGAAAGGGGUUUCAAUUUAAUGAACAUAAUUUGUACAAGGGUGAGAAAUAGUUUAACAAUAGAUCAUGUAUCAGAUUUAAUGACAAUAAAUUUAUUGGGGAAAGAAUUAGCAGAUUGGGAUGCAACACCAUUUGUAAAAUCUUGGUCAAAUUGCAACCACAGGUUGGCUACAGAUACAAGAGUUCGGCAAAAGUCAACAAAAGUCUUGCAUGAGAAUCAAUUGGCUAUAUGGAACUUACAAUAGAAUAUUGUAUAUGUUUUUUAUCAUCUGUAAAUUAUGUACUACACAUCCUUUAUAUACAUAAAGGCUUUUUUUUUUUUUUUUUUUUUUUGGAAAGCCAGUUAAACUUUUAUCAGCAUGUUGCUGUUUAAAAGGCAUUCUUUAAGAAGAUAAUCUUGAAGAUUGGUUUUAGGAGCUAUGGUUUUUUAGAGAUUGGCCCAUGUUUGCUAGAGCGGGUCAUAAUACAUAUUCCAUGAAGUUCUGUACAGAACAAACACUGUUUAUAAUUUUGUACUGUUUUACUUUAAGUAAGGUUGCAAAAAAUAGCAGGACUCAGAUAAGUUCUAAACCCUGGAGGUUAUAGUAAAUAAAAGAGAAAUGGAAUAAAAACUGUAAGCCUUUUGGCUCUUGUCUUUCUCAUUUCCAUAUCUGUGCUAUCUAGUAUGGUAGCCACUAGCUACAUGUGGCUGAUCAGCUUAGGACUAAAAGUAAAAUUUUAAUUUAUUUACUUUUACUUAAAUAUAAAAACUGAAACAAUGUAAAAUAUUUUUCUGCUUAGCUUUACUGUUUUUCAGGAAUACAUUUUACUCUGUUACUUUGCAUAAGAUAUGGUUGUUGCAGUGCGCCUGUCAAACUUGUGUGUCAUUUCCAAUAUUGAAUAUAAACAUAUUGCUGAUAGAUAUGAUACUGCUGUCAGCAGAUGGAUUCAAUGCAAGUUAUUUUUUCUAUGAAUUGAUGUAACAUCAUUAUCUGAAUAGUUUAUGCAGACAACAGGAAUUACAGUGAUUCCUGUGUAAAUUGUUACUGGUAAUUGAAAUACUUAUUUUAAUCAUGAUUAAAUUAUUUUUCUAGUUUACACAUGAAUAUGAGCAAAUUUUUAAAUUUAAAAUGAAGGCAUACUGAAAAAGAAUCAAGUGGAGAUGCAGAACCUAGUACAACAACUGGAACAGUAAACAGACUCAAAGAAGAAUUACAUAUGUGGGCCAGGCGCAGUGGCUCACGCCUGUAAUCUCAGCACUUUGGGAGGCCGAGAAGGGCAGAUCACAAGGUCAGGAGAUAGAGACCAUCCUGGCUAACACGGUGAAACCCUGUCUCUACUAAAAAUACAAAAAAUUAGCUGGUGUGGUGGCGGGUGCCUGUAGUCCCAGCUACUUGGGAGGCUGAGGCAGGAGAAUGGCGUGAACCCGGGAGGCGGAGCUUACAGUGAGCCGAGAUCGCGCCACUGCACUCCAGCCUGGGCGAGAGCGAGACUCUGUCUGAAAAAAAAAAAAAUAGAAUUACAUAUGUGGCUUGCAGUAUAGUUGUAUUAGACAGCACUACCCUAUAUGAUAGUUACUCUCAAAACCAAGUUUCACCAAUCUAGACCUUACUGUUGACUUCAGGAUCCAUAGUCAACUGUCGUUUUCAUCAGUUUUACAUUGUUGUUCCAUAGGCAUGUUAAACUGAAUAGGUCCAAAGCUGAAUUUAUUCAUCUCUCAUCAUAUCUGUUUUGGAAAAUGGCCCAACCAUUUCCCUUGAUGCUCAAACUAGAAAUGUAGAAGAUAUUUGAAACCUUUUCUUCAUCCACCUUGCCCUGUCUCUUCCACCUCUCCUACUGUAGUUAUUUUGGUUCAAGGCAUUAUUUUUCUUGCUUAGAGUAAUAUAAUAACUUUCUAACAAGUCUCUCUGCCUUCAUUCUUGCCCCUUGUUAAUACUAAUAUAUCCUUCAUACUAAGGAUUGACUAUUCUAAAGUUUACAUUUAUUUUUAUAUAACUUUUAUUAGGAAGACAUUCAGACAACAAGAAAGUCAAAUCACUUAAACAGAUUUAUAAUCUUGUGUAGCAAAUCUAGAGAUGGAUACAGUCUUUGCUUGAGUAGCUCAAUAGUGUCAUUGUUGUGUUAUCUGGGGUGGUUUUGGUCUUUUCCUCAUAAUUGCAGGAUGCCUGGCACAGUUUUAGGGAUGCUCGAUUUAAGACAACAUGGCAAGGCCUGGAUCAAGCCCUUUGUAUUCAUCAGAAAGUCAAAAGCUUUGCCAGAAGAUAUUUCACUGGCCAGAACUGUGUCAGCAUGGCCAUACUCACUGCAAGGGAAUGUUGGGAUGUGAGCUUUUACCUUUCAUAGCUUCUGUAUUAGAAGUAGGCAAGGGAAAAAGAAUUGGGAAUGGGUGGUUGGUUAGCUGGUCUAUGAAGUCUAACAUAUUUCUCCUCUACUGAAAAGCUUUUACUGGCUCCCCACUUUGUUCAGGGUAGUUUAAGGUUAUAAUGAGUCUGUGCCCUCCAUCUGUUACUGAGCUCAAGGUAGCUGCCACUGGCCUGGUUAUGAAAGGGCAAUUUAAAGAUGAUCUAAUAGGGUCUGUUUGUUUUGUAGGUAAUAAAACUGACAUUUCAAGAGGUUUAGUCAAUUGCCAGGGUCACAGUUUGUUAUGAACAGAUAACCAAAAUUAUUAUUGAAUGUUUGGGAACUGAAAAUGUGAUUUAUUUAUUUAUUUUUAGUAUAGAAACUGGCUCUUGCCAUGUUGCCCAGGCUGGUCUUGAACUCCUGGCCUCAAGUGAUCCUCCUGCUUUGGCCUCCCAAAGUUCUGGGAUUACAGGCAUGAACCACCGCAUCUGGCCUGAAAUAUGUGAUUUUAAAUUAUGUUCCACCUUUUUUCUUUUUUUGAAAUGGAGUCUUUGCUCUGUCACCAGGCUGUAGUACAAUGGCACGAUCUCGGCUCACUGCAACCUUCAACUCCCUGGUUCAAGUGAUUCUUCUGCCUCAGCUUCCUGAGUAGCUGGGAUUACAGGCACGCGCCACCAUGCCCAGCUAAUUUUUGUAUUUUUAGUAGAGAUGGGGUUUCACCAUGUUGGCCAGGCUGGUCUCAAUCUCCUGACCUUGUGAUCCGCCCGCCUUGGCCUCCCAAAGUGCUGGGAUUACAGGCAUGAGCCACCGUGCCCGGCUGUGUUCCACCUUUUAAUAUAAAGAUGGCCUGGGAGAGUUGAUUGCUGUCUCUGAGUAUUAUAUUUAUCUGUCUUUCAACAAGGAUAAUAAUUGCAUCUCGAACGGUUCUAGUUAUUUAUUUAUUUAUCUAUUGAGACCGGGUCUUACUCUGUUGCCCAGGCGGGAGUGCAGUGGCACAGUCAUGGCUCACUGCAGCAUUGAACUUCCAGACUUGGGCAAUCCUCCUGCCUCAGCCUCCCAAGUAGCUGGGACUACAGGCAUAUGCCACCAUGCCCAGCUAAUUUUUAAAUUAUUUGUAGAGACGGGGUCGUCUUCUGUUGCCCAGGCUGCUCUCAAACUCCUAGGCUCAAGUGAUCAUCCUGCCUCAGCCUCCCAAAAUACUGGGAUUACAGGUGUGAGCCCCCACAUUCAGCCUAGUUUCAGGUUUUAUGGGGCCUGUUGAUUAUUGAAUUUGGCACACUAAGAAGAAUAAUCCCAUAAAAUUGUGAAUAUACCAUUAGAAAUGAUUUGAAAUAUUUAUUUAGAUUAAGAAAACAAAUCAUUACAAUCUUCACAAUAUUUAAAAGUUAACAAUAUCACAAAACAUAGAGGUGAAAAAGAUGAUAUUUUUAUUAAUUAUAGCUCUAUAAUUAUUUUUAAUUAUUUUUUCCUAGGUUUUCUUUUUUUUUUUUUUUUAGACAGUGUCUCACUCUGUUGCCUAGGCUAAAGUGCAAUGGUGUGAUCUAGGCUUACUGCAACCUCCACCAUCUGGGCUCAAGAGAUCCUCCCACCUCAGUCUCCUGAGUAGCUAGGACCACAGGCACGCACCACCAUGUUAGGCUAAUUUAUGUAUGUUUUUAUAGAGACAGGGUUUCACUAUGUUGCCCAGGCUGGUCUCAAACUCCUGAGCUCAAGCAAUCUACCGACCUUGGCCUCCAAAAGUUCUAGGAUAACAGGCAUGAGCCAGAUUACUUUUGGUUUUAUAUGCAUUGAUUGUCUCUAUUUGACAAUUCUGUAAUAUCCUUUUCUAUAGAGGUAUAGUUUUCUUUUGGUUUUAUAUGCAUUGAUUGUCUCCAUUUGACAAUUCUGUAAUAUACUUUUCUAUAGAGGUAUAGAAGGGUAAUUGACAGUAUCCUCUAGCAUAGUUGAUGGGAAUUUGCUUUUUUAUUUUUGACAGUUUACAUGGGUUUCUUUCCAAUUCUCAACUGUGACAAAUCCAUAUAAUUUUUAGGAUUAUUAUCACAUGUGGGGAAACUCCUAUUAAGAGUCACAUCUGAACUACAAGAUUUCAGAGAAUUUCAAUUUUCUGUGGAGUGACUGCUCUUAAAUAUUGUUUGAAUUGACCAUUCAAAGUAUUCCUAGAAGACUUCCCAACUGAGAUGGCCAGCAAUAGUUUAACUAUACAUGGAAGAAAUUUCGAAGUACACAAAUAUCCCAGUCACUCCUUAACAAGAGCUCAGAAAUGUUUACUGCCACUAUAUGGUUACAACAGGAAGGGAAAGUACACAGAAGGAGCAGAUGAAAUAGAAAGAGAUGGUAGUCUUAACUGACUAUGGUAAAAAUAUUUUUGUGGCUGGGCAUGGUGGCUCACACCUGUAAUCCUAGCACUUUGGGAGGCCGAGGUGGGCAGAUUGCCUGAGCUCAGGAGUUUGAGACCAGCCUGGGCAACACGGUGAAAUCUCAUCUCUACUAAAAUACAAAAAAUUAGCCGGGCGUGGCAGCGUGUGCCUGUAGUCCCAUCUACUCGGGAGGCUGAGGCAGGAGAAUCAUUUGAACCCGGGAGGUGGAAGUUGCAGUGAGCUGAGAUCGCGCUACUGCACUCCAGCCUGGGCGACAGAGCAAGACUCUAUCUCCAAAAAAAAAAAAAAAAAAUUGGAAAUUUAACAAAAAUAUAUAAAUGUGAAGAGAUAUUUCUGUGGUUCCUUUUUCGGAAGGUACCCCUUCAAUUAAGCUUCAUAGUUAUUCUGCCUCUGACCUAGCUCUCUUGAUUUUUUGGAUUCUUGAAUGAGGUAAAGCAGACUUGGGAAAUUGUUAGACACUUAAUAAGUAAUCAACAAAUAUUACCAGAAAAAUGAUAGAAUUAUGGGUAAUUUUUUAAGCUGGUUGUUAUUUGUGUGUGGAAGGGAGGGGUUUGUUUUACUUUGUAUUUAAAAUUUUCCCAGUAAAAGUAUUUUCAAAAUCACAUGAGAUAAAUGUAAAAUAAUUUUACUUUUUUCUAUGCUGGAAUCCUUUAAAUAGAUUAUGUUAUUUCUUUCUUUUUUUUUUUUUUUUUUUGAGAUGGAAUCUUGCUCUGUUCCCCAGGCUGGAGUGCAGUGGCACAAUCUCAGCUCAGUGCAACCUCCUCCUCCCACGCUUAGGCAACUCUCCUGUCUCAGCCUCCUGAGUAACUUGGAUUACAGGUGCGUGCCACCACACGUCUAAUUUUUGUAUUUUUAGUUGAGACGGGGUUUCACCAUGUUGGCCAGGCUGGUCUCAAACUUCCGACCUCAAGUGAUCUGCCCACCUCAGCCUCCCAAAGUGCUGGGAUUACAGGCGUGAGCCACCGUGCCCGGCAGAUUAUGUUAUUUCUAAAUAAUAAUAGCUAUUAUUAACAAUUUUUAUUUUUAAGCAAAAACACCUAGUAGAUACAAAAGUUACAAAUAUUUCAAAUACUAUAAAACAAUACUAUGAAUUGGCCCUUUUUUAAAAAAAAUUGCUUUUUAAGUAUUAUAUGUACCUGAAACAAAGCACCUUAGGUUCUAAAUACAGCAUUGGAUUUUGUUGGAGAAUCUGCAACCUCCCUGGUGGUGAGCACACAGAGACAUGUGCCGUGUAAGCCCUCAGUAACACUGCUGGGCUCCCCUAAGGGAGCAACAGGCUUGCUGAAGAAACUGAUGUAGAUUCCACCCUGUGUAACAGUGGUGCAUCAAACCCGAGAAUUUCUACCAGUCGAAUAAGCAUGUAUAAUGGUUUCUUCGAAGAUACAUAUUUCACCAUUCCAAAAUAUAUAGUUGGUGUAUGAGAAAAAUUUAAGUUGUAUUCCUACCUCGAACAAAAUUCUAGAAAAAAUUAAAGAUGGAAUAAAGAAUAAAAGUUGAAGUCAUAAAAUAAAAAUAAACUGAUGAAUAUUUUUGUGUUCUCUGAAUAGGAAAGAUAUUUUCAAUCCAAAGGUAGUGCAGCCAGAGUGCUCCAAGAAACCUUAACUAAUUCAUGAGUUCUGCCUGUGUGUUCUCCUAUAUAGAGGUGAACAUUUCAUUAAGAAUUUUACUCUGUGGUAGAUGUAUGGUCAGCAUUUUCAUCUCUUCAUCUCUUCAAUGACAACAUUUUUCCUGUGAAUGUUUUUCAUGCAUUCGUCCAAUUUUGCAGCUUUCUCACAUUUUUUAUUGUAAAAUCUUUGUAUUGAUGCUGUGCCACGGAAUUUCUUGAACACAUAUUUUAGUGACGUGGAGUUUCCUGGACCAGGAGUUUGCAGGUGGAUUCGUGGAUGGUGGGAGGCCCGGGGGUUUUCUUCCAGGCUUUAAAUGUUCCAAAAGCCUUCUAUUUAUUGUCAUAGAGAUCACUGAUUCUGGCAGAUGUGGCUUUUCGGGGAAAUUUCUGUGUGUGUAUCCCUGUUCUCUCUGGUUCUCUGAUCCAAGAUGAAUCUGCAAGAGCUUCUGUCACCAGCCCUGCACUCCCCAGGCCCUUCAGCACCUGCAUCUUCAUGUGAGCCUUUCACCUCAGGGAGUAUGUUUUUGCUGGACCUUUCUGAGAUGUGCUGCUAAGUGCCCUCUAGAUAUUCUCUGUGCUUUUUCUCUCAGCAUUCCAUCCUCAUGACUUCUGCUGAAGCUCAGCUUCCACAGCUCUGUGCUCACUCAGUUGUUAGAUUUUUGGGUUGAAGAUUUUGCAUUUCCUGGAUUUAUGUGACCUACUUGCUGAAAAAAAUGGGGCAAUUUUUUUUUAAUCUUCUAUAUUUUGUUUCUAAUUUUUCCUUGUUGCAUUGUUUGCUGUCUCAGAGGAGGAGAAAGAGGGUAAGGCCACCUACCAAUGUGCUCAUAUCAAAGAGGUAUAUCCGGUGUUGCUAAUCAGAAGCCUAAUGCAAGUCUGAUUGUCAUUUUAUUCAGAAGCUGUCUUCCCAUACUCCUCGAGGCUGUUUUAAUCUGAUAGACUAGAAUUUGAUGAAAAUGCCUGUUGUGUUGCUUUUUUUUUUUUUUUUGAGUCAGAGUCUUGUUUUGUCACCCAUGCUGGAGUGCAGUGGCAUGAUCACAGCUCACUGCAGCCUCGACCUCCUGGGCUCAAGCAAUCCUCCCACCUCUACCUCCCAAGUAGCUGGGACUAUAGGCUCACACCACCACACCUGGCUAACAUUUUAUUCUUUGGUAGAGAUGGAGUCUCACUACAUUGCCCAGGCUGGUUGUGCAUCUUUUUCAUUCAUUGUGCUGAGUACACAAUGGACCCUUUCGAACUGAAUACCUGUAUUCUUCAAUUCAGAGAAAUUUUAUUUUUAUGUAGUUUCUAUAUGAUUUUCUCCUCUCUAGUUUUUAUCUUUGAAUUUCAGUUAUUCUGGGAAUUCAGUUGUGGACUGAAUACAUGUCCUAUCUUUUCACUGCAAUUAAAAUCCAUGCAUAUUUCUUUUUUCAGUGUCUGGGAAAUUUCCUUAAAUGUAUAACUUCCAGCCUUUUAAAAUUGCAGCUGUUACAUUCUAAUUUCUGGUUGGGUGCGGUGGCUCACGCCUGUAAUCUCAGCACUUUGGGAGGCCGAGGUGGGUGCAUCACUUGAGGUCAGGAGUUCAAUACCAGCCUGGCCAACAUGGUGAAAACCUGUCUCUACUAAAAAAAAAAAAAAAAACAAAAAAACACAGCCAUGUGUGGUAGUGCAUACCUGUAAUCCCAGCCACUCAGGAGGCUGAAGUGGGAGAAUUGCUUGAACCCAGGAGAUGGAGGUUGCAGUGAGCCGAGAUCUCAACUCUGCACUCCAGCCUGGGCAACAGUGAGACUCCAUCUAAAAAAAAAAAGAAAAAAAUUCUAAUUUCCAAGAGCUGUUUUUUGUUUUCUGAUUGUUUCCUUUUUCAUGUAAUACUAUGCUUAUCUCUGGAUGCCUUUGAUUUAUCCUCUGAAAAUAAUAGUUUUAUUAAAAACUAUUUUUUAUUUAA